AUGGUGUGUGAGCCGCCGGUAGGCACCUUCAGGUCGCCGGACCAGUCCCAACAGAGGCGCCUUGAGCAGACGAACAAAACCCACCAAGAAUCGCCAUCUAAUUCAUCCUACAACUCCACAAAUUCGCGAAACAAUGAGGCGAUGAACAUCGCGAUUUCAGAAAAGGAGUUGGAAGGGAUUCAAAAAAUUAUUUCCCCAGAUCGCGAUAUGGUGAUUCAUGGAAAGCUGUUUAGUGGGAAUGAAUCUACUAAUCAAGGGCUACAACAUACUAAAAAAUCAGGUGAUUCCACCUUGCCAAUCGAGAGAACUGAGGAGGCAAUUUCUGGGAAAAUCGCCGCACCAGCACCUGAGCACCCUCAAAUUCGAUCAUCUUCCCAGCAAUUUCAUGGCGAUUGGAGCACUGGGGAUUACUCACCUGAUGAAGAGGUAUAUCUCACUGAAAUUUCAAGUAAAAUGGAUGGUCCAAUCGCCGGCGACAAGGAAUCCGGUGAUCGAACAGACAAUAAAUUAAAAUGUGACGGCGCCCCUAAGGGGCACUUUUCUACUGAUGAAGAGGUCCAGCUUACCAACAUAUCCAUCAAUUUAGCUCAAGAACACAUCCAAAAGGAGAUUCAGGCAAGUUUAGGUAGAAUUACAACCAAUCAACAAGUUGAGCUUGAAGAGCUCACUUACAGACCUGAAGCCGAACAGCAGGGGACAUAUACUCAGGAUCAUGCAGGUGCUAAUGGUCAAAAACAGGACCAACAUACAAUUGAUGAACACGGCAUGGAGAUGCAGUCUAAACAAAGAGAUAAACGAAUAAGGAUGGACCAAAAUGAUCAACAUGACAAUACAAAAUCUACAACUUUGGAAGUGAUUGAUGUGGAGAGUUCAUCCCACUUCUCCUUUGGAGUUAAACCAACGGAGACAAUUCCAAGCAAUGGAGGACAACAGAGGCCAGGUAAGUCUUCUAACUCUGACUCUAGUCGAAAUGCUGUUAGUCUGAGUUGCAGUGAUGGCCAUGUGCAUGCUAAUGCAAAAGAGCAAAAUAUUGUUAAUUCGAAUGAUCAGGAACAGGGUAGGGAAGACAAUGAAUCCCAACAACAGGGUGAUCGAAAUCAAAGUGGUGAGAAAAAUAAGAGUAAUCUCAAUUACUUAAUCAUGGAGGGAAUUCUGAUCCCAAUAAAAGGUCAGCAAACUAACCAUCCCAAUCAAGCCAAAGGUCCCAGCACUACUAACGAGAAUCAAACCACCAAACAGGACCAAAAUGCAGAACCUGCUCCUUAUACGGUGGAACAAAUGCUGGCUGCAAGACUUAGGCAAAUUCAUGCUACACAUGCAACAUCUAUAGAACUGGUCCCUCCCAGACACACGACCAAACAGGGCCAGCCUGCUGUGAUUUAUGACAUGGAUGACUUCAUGAACAAGUUGACUGUAGACUUACAUCAGGGACACAUGCUAGAUGAGUGUAACUUCAAGAUAAGGGAUGAGGAAUUCAAAAGGAGGAAAGAACUAGAAACAGAAAAGAAAAGCAUAAGUAGAAGUGAACAGGGACAGCAAGGAAAUGAUAACAGACAAACCAAGACAAAGGAACAAGAGGAGAAACAACAGCAAAACAAGGAAGGAAGCAAUCAACAGCAGCCUGAGCAGCAAAAGGAAGAGGAAUGGCAAAUACAAAGAAGGAAAAACAAUAAGCCACAGGAAGAAAGAAUAUAG